AUGCCGCGCCUCCCUCUACCGGUUCGACGAAUCUCCUCGUCUGUCCCGUCCACCAAAGACCCCGACGUCUUCGCCAACAGCCUCCGCAAAACACUAGAGGCGCAUCGGUCGACGAACCGGGCUAGUCUCAUCCGCAAGGUGUACCCCGAUGCUCCUUCACCUGGGCUAUUUCGACCUUAUAUUCCGCCUGAAAACCGUGCGGGCUACCAGCCGCCGGCACCAGUACUCCAAACUCCCGAGACCAAGAAGUCCCAGGCCACCGGCGAUGCCUUUGCGUUCUUGGAUGCGGAGAUCCAGGCCUUAGGCUGUUACCUGGCCCCAAGCCCUGAGGAGCAAAACCAAGUCACUCGGAUAAGUACGGAGGUUGCCUCACUACUGGAAGAAGCAGUUCCAUAUCCCCCGAAGCUCAUCGGGCUUCGUCCAACGGGUCUGGCAUUGGCACAUGCGAGCAUCGAAUUUAUCCUACCAUUCACUGACCUCCCGCGGUCCCUAGGCCGGACUCGAAGGCCAAGUGCUACCCGGCCCGAGAUUCGAGCGGCUCACACGGAACUGCUUCUUCGAGUCGAGGCUGCCCUAAAGAGCAGCGGGGCCUUCUAUGGGUAUGGGCUUGUGGGAAAUAAUAUUUCUCUAAAGGUCUGUCAUCGGCCCACGGGUUUAAAACUGCGGUUUUAUUGUGGUGAAGGCGUUCCAGCAAUCACCAAAUACUUGCAGGAUUACAUGGUCGAAUUUCCUGCUCUUCGACCUCUCUUUCUAGGAACCCGAACUUUAUUAGAGGCGCGCGGUUUAUAUGGGCUUGUCAUUGAGAACAAUGCGUUGCUCAUGCUGCUCGUUGCUUUUCUCAAGAUGAACUAUGGACGUUUCACCGGCCCCCAUACCCUCGGAUACCAGUUGAUGGAUUUCCUGAAGCUCUAUGGGAUUGAGGUUGACCUUCGCUCGGUCGGAGUUGCAGUAGAUCCUCCGGGCUUCUUUGAUAAUGAGGCACUUCGUGCAACUGAUGCUAAGGAUCACGAGCCCGCAUGGCGACGUGGUCAACGGUCUCUCAUGAAAACUAAGCGCACUGCCCUUAAGCAAGGGAACCUAUCAGCUGCUCAAAGGCUGUGCAUCCAGGAUCCAACUCACUUCAUGAAUAAUCUGGGGCACACGUGUAUACGCACGACAGAACUGCAGAGUGUUUUUAAAACUGCCUAUGAGCAGCUGUCUGAAGCAUGUAAAAAGUGGGAUGGUCCGGGUCAAGACGGCUCUAUCCUGGCGGCGGCUCUGCGAGCGAGUUUUGAUGGCUUCGAGGAACGACGACGGCAGAUCACUUUUCGACAGCGGAGGCCGGUCAACCACGUGUAA